CUGGAUGACUUGGGUACUGAUUUAUUCUCAGCUACCAACAACAAGAUCAAGCACCAAAAAAAGUGGGUUCCCUACUCAUCUAACUCGGACAGCCUCCGUCGAUCAGUGGGAACUUGGGGCAUCUAAGGUGGUUCAUAAAACCAUUCUGUAUGUUUAGCAGGCUUAAUCCUGAAAGAAGGAAAUCCCAUAUAAUCCAUUCUGAAAGCUCCCAAUGCUGCUGCUGGCAGCUCCCUUUCCUGAUGUAUAUGAAUUUCCUGGUCCAAGGUAUUGGCAUAUUUCGACAUUGCAUCAGCGACCAUGUUUGCUUCUCUCAAGCAGUGAACCACUUUGACAUUUCCUUGAGUGACCAAAGACUUGAUCUCCUCAAUUAGCCUCUGAUAAUUCCAUGGGAUUUUGCAAUUAUCCUUGAUCAUCUGUACAACAAAAAGAGAGUCAAUCUGUAUUAUGAGCAAAAUUCUGUUUAAUUUCUCCACAUUAGCUCGCUCUUCGGCGUUGCAAUUCAGUCAUCUUUUUAACAGUAUGGAUUCGCAAAGCCAGAAUACUUCGUUGCAGAGACUGCAAAACGUUGAGAAGAGGAUAGUCAGAGUUCUGGAGCUAGCAGGAGGCGUAAUGGAUGAAAUGGCAAAUCCGAGCGGUCCUAGGAAGGAGGUUAUUGACAGCCAUUGCAGUGAGUUCAUGCAACUAAUCAAGGACAUCCAGGUCACACUGCGAGAAGAAAUCAAAAGUGCAUGUGAAUAUCGUCCUUUCGAGAAGUGUGACUAUGUACCGAGAAUAUCAAACGAGAUCUGUUGCAAGAAACUGGAGUAUGUCAUCUCUCAGUUUGAUGAUAUGAAGCGAACAAUUGAGGGGUAUCAUGCUGCAUCAUUAGACAAUAUGGCCCUAGAUUAGUAGGUAUUAGUCAGUGCUGCUUCCUGUUCAUGUGGCAACAUAAAUAUAUACAACAAUCACUACACCUCAGUUCCAAGCAAGUUCGGAUCGGCUAAUCUGCCAAGGUUUAAGCAUUUAAAGAUUUCAAACCAAUGCUUUUGUGUGACUAAGAUUGCUGAUGGAUCUCUACUAAUGAUUUUAAAACUCUUGUUGUCGUUGAAAAUUUCUUCAAACAUGAUAUUACAUGGGUCUGUGAAAUUGUAGGCUCUUGAGUAAGCGAUGAUGAGUUGAAGUACUUGGAAUAUUGAAUCAAGACUUCCCUUUGAAACAAUUCUUGGAUUUCCCUGUAAUGCUGGAUUUAUCUAUUCAGUCAAUACUUUAGUUCAGCAUUCUGUUGUUGAAUUGUAGGAAUGAUACAUUUGGUGUUCACUUGUUUAUGCAAUGAACUUUGCUAAAUGUUGCAAAA